UGGAGCGCAACAAAACCUUCUACAUCUCUCUGAGCAGCAAGAUCUGCGCUGCGACCUCAAUACAGGUGGUCGUGCCAGGUACCGCCGAGAUGUUACCCAAAGUUCUCCUGAUGCUCCUCAACAUAUUCCUGGCCCUCCAGUGGAGGGUUGGACCUCACAUUAAACUGGAGAAUAAACCACCUGCCCAAGAUAAUGUAGUCUUCGGCCCUCAGCCUCAGCCUGUGUCUAAACCUCUUACAGAAAAAGAAACAGAACUCACUGUUGAUUGCACAACCGAGCACUCAGGAGAGAACCUAACAAGAGCUUCUCGAAUCCUUAGCACCAUCCUGAAUAACUAUGACCAUAAACUGCGCCCUGGCAUUGGAGAAAAGCCCACUGUGGUCACUGUUGAAGUCUUUGUCAAUAGCCUCGGGCCUAUUUCCACCCUGGACAUGGAAUAUUCCAUUGACAUCAUCUUCUACCAGACCUGGUAUGAUGAGCAUCUUCGUUACAAUGACACCUUUGAGACCCUUGUUCUACAUGGCAACGUGGUGAGCCAGUUGUGGAUCCCAGAUACCUUUUUUAGGAAUUCUAAGAGGACUCAUGAAUAUGCUAUCACCAUACCCAACCAGAUGGCUCUCAUCCACAAGGAUGGAAAGGUGUUGUACUCAGUUAGGAUGACCAUUGAUGCGAGAUGUUCACUCCACAUGCUCAAAUUUCCAAUGGAUUCUCACUCUUGUCCUCUGUCUUUCUCUAGCUUUUCCUAUGAUGCACAUGAGAUGAUCUACAAGUUGGAGAAUUUCAUGCUCAAAAUUGAUGAGAAGAACACUUGGAAGCUAUUCGAGUUUGAUUUUAUGGGAGUGACCAACAAAACUGAAAUCAUCUCAACCCCAGUUGGUGACUUUAUGGUCAUGACUUUCUUCUUCAAUGUGAGCAGGCGGUUUGGCUUCAUUGUUUUUCAAAACUAUAUCCCUUCUUCUGUGACCACAAUGCUCUCCUGGGUCUCCUUCUGGGUCAAGAUAGAGGCAGCUGCAGCCAGGGCCUCUGUAGCUUUGGACUACUAUAUUGCCAUUUGUUUCGUCUUGUGCUUCUGUGCUCUACUAGAGUUUGCUGUGCUCAACUUCCUGACCUACAAUGAGAUGAAACAACUGGCUUCUCCAAAGCUCUACCAUCUUCCAACCAGUAGCUGUGCUAAUACACGUACUCGUGCUCGUGCACGCACCCGUGCUCGUGCCCGUGCCCGUGCCCUCCAGCAGCAGGAAGUGUUUGUGUGUGAGAUCGUCACCUAUGAGGGGAAUGCUGAAGAGGAGCAUCAGUAUUGCCCAGUCCAGCAGUCUUCAAGCUUCAGAAGACCCCAGUGUCCCCGGAGGCGAUGUGGCAGAAGCUAUGUGUGCUUUAAGGUUCUCAGAAAGUAUUUCUGCAUGGCUCCUGGUUGUGGGGGCAGCACCUGGCAGCGAGGCCGCCUCUGCAUCCAUGUUUACCGCCUGGAUAACUACUCGCGGGUGCUUUUCCCCAUUACAUUCUUCUUCUUCAAUGUGCUCUACUGGCUGAUUUGCCUUAACCUGUAGGCUCUAGCUGGUAGCUCAUGGAGCAGCCUCCCAGUUCCCCAGGAGGUGCCAAGCCCCUUUGCCAAGGGAGUUAGGAGACAAGAGCAACAGCAGCAGGAGUGCCUAGGGAGAGUUUUUUCUUCCCUGGUUCCCAGUAUAAGCCUGUGGAGAGCUUGUCUCUGCUGGCCCUCUUUCCAUUAGCCCUUUCACUCAAUUUUCGCAACAGCCCUUCUCAAGUGACAGACCACCUCUCUAUUCCUCAAAGAGCAUUCAUGAUGCUCAGUGUGCCCACAUUUGAGCAGAUAAGAUAUCUCUCAGUGGUGUUUACAGCUACUGUCUUUCCCCAGAAGCCCAUGGUUCCCUGUGUGGUGCUAAGGUGCUAAGGGGCCUAGCUCAGGCUCAGCCCCAGAAUGCACAGAGCGACAGUUUAGCAGAAGGAGGGUCCUCAUCCAUAAGUCUUCAAGUCAGACCAUUAGAUUCUUGUUUUUUUUCCUGACCUCCCUUCACACACACACACACACACACAUACACACACAAUCUUUCUAGGAGGUGAGGAGCUGGCAAGGGGGUCUGUUUGGGAAAGUAACCCCUCUCUGCUGCUGUGCCAUCUCCUUCUCCCCACCUGCCUCCAUCUGCAGUACCCAUUCAGUUCCCUUCAUCCAAUGGGUAUCUAUUCGUGUGUGCAAUGUUAGUAGUUUUCUCUGCUUUGUAUGCCUCCUUCUUCCUCCUCUUUGACCCUUGUGAUUUGUUCUGUAACUUCCCCAGUGACUUUCCCAGCCCUGAUCCAGGUGCUAGGCUUUGGUGACUCCCUGGGGCCAAGAAACUGAGAACACUCUGUUUGGCAGCAGCCAUUACCUGCCACUGACUGGUUCUCACCUCAGGCACAGUCUAAAUGUUUGACUGCUUUCUUGGCCUCUGGACCUAUAAGCCAGUCCACUGCCAUCCCUGGGGCACUUACACAAUCACAAUCAAUUGAAUUCCCUUAAAUUUAUACAGAAUUUUCCCUUUGGCAAAGCACCUUUGACAAAUCAUUUCUAUUUGGAGUCUUCUUAUAGCCCCGUGACAUCUUUGGGCAUAGUUUGUUCUCCAUUAUGCAGAUGGCAACCUUAAGGUACAGAUUUCUAUAGGACUGUGGAUCUUGCUGGAAGCCAAUCUGGAGUCCUCUAGUCACAUGCUAAAGCAAUGACAGGGCUAGGUAGCUCUGAUCACCAUGACCCAGUUCUGUUUCCCUCCUUGCUGUCACCCUAGUGGCAGGGCAUAGAGUAGUGACACCCCCCACCCCACACACACACACAAGCAUGGGCCGGCUCCCUAACUAGGCCUGAGGUACUCAGACUGCUCCAAAGGUUGAACUUUUGCCUCUAGUAACCCAGUGAGAUGAAUUUGUAUAUGCCCCAAUGCUUGUAUAUGCUGAACAGAAUCUGUGUCUGUACUUUAUGGGGGUGGGUGGGAUUGGGAAAUCCAUCUGCUUUUAGUCACCAUCAUCUGUAAA